AUGGAUCAUGACGGCGGUUCCAAGGACCACCCCAAGGACGGUGGAGGCGGGGCAGUGGAGGUAAAGUACAGAGGAGUUAGGAGGCGCCCAUGGGGGAAAUUUGCUGCGGAGAUACGUGACCCUAACCGGCAAGGUACACGGGUUUGGUUAGGUACAUUUGCAACUGCGGAGGAGGCAGCUAGAGCUUAUGAUCGGGCCGCCUUUGAAAUGAGAGGGCAUAUGGCGGUUCUUAAUUUUCCGGCAGAGUAUCCACCUACAUUUUCGGCUGCUGCUUAUAAUACUUCGACCACCACCACCGCAUCCGUGGCAGGGGAGUCGUCUUCGAGCAGUAGGGAAGGUAGGGAAGUGCUUGAAUUCGAGUAUUUGGAUAAUAAGUUGCUCGAGGAUCUUCUUGGUUAUGAUGACAACAGAACAAAGAAGUGA